CAGGGGGAGAGAGAGAGAACCCUGGAGGAGUGGAGGGAGAAAGAGAGGAAGGAGGAUAGAGACACAGAAAGAGAGGGGAAGAGAGAGAGAGAGGGAGUCCAGGCCCAAAUAAAGCCAUGGGGGCCGGGGCUGGGAUGGGCCCCAUUUUGCUAUAAAUACGCUGGCCGCCUGGAGGCUCGGGUUUGGUGGUUGGGGCUUGGUACCAACGACCACCACUGCAGCAGCGGCCUUCCUCAGGGGAUUCUCCUCCGCAUACUCAUCCUCCUUAUCCUGGUCAUCAGUCUUCUGGACAGCAAGGAUGCCUCGCGUGGACGUGGACCUGAAGCUGGACUUUAAGGAUGUCCUCUUCAGACCCAAGAGGAGCAGCCUGAAGAGUCGCUCAGAGGUGGACCUUCAGAGGACCUUCACAUUCCGCAACUCCAAACAGACCUACACUGGCAUCCCCAUCAUUGCUGCAAAUAUGGACACCACUGGGACGUUUGAGAUGGCACAGGUCCUCAGCAAACACACCCUCUUCACAACCAUUCAUAAGCAUUACUCUGUGGAAGACUGGAAAAACUUUGCUGCUAAUCAUCCAGACUGCUUAGAGCAUUUAGCAGCCAGCUCAGGCAGCAGCAAGGCAGAUCUGGAGAGGCUGUGUGCUAUCGUGGAAGCCGUACCUGCCCUCAAGUACAUCUGUCUUGAUGUUGCCAAUGGAUACUCAGAGUACUUUGUGGAGUUUGUAAAGACGGUCAGAGAGAAGUUCCCCAAACACACCAUCAUGGCUGGUAACGUGGUAACAGGGGAGAUGGUGGAGGAGCUCAUCCUCUCCGGUGCUGACAUCAUUAAAGUGGGCAUCGGGCCAGGGUCGGUAUGCACAACAAGGAUCAAGACAGGAGUGGGCUACCCACAACUGAGCGCCGUGAUUGAAUGUGCAGACUCAGCCCAUGGACUCAAAGGACACAUUAUCUCUGACGGUGGCUGCAGUUGCCCGGGAGAUGUAGCAAAGGCCUUUGGUGCGGGGGCUGACUUUGUGAUGAUGGGAGGAAUGCUUGCAGGGCACGAUCAGUGCACCGGAGAGGUCAUCGAGAAGAACGGCAAGAAAUACAAACUCUUCUAUGGCAUGAGCUCUGACACAGCCAUGAAGAAGUAUGUGGGCGGAGUUGCUGAGUAUAGGGCAUCAGAGGGCAGGACGGUAGAGGUUCCUUACAGAGGAGAUGUGGAGCACACUGUCCUUGAUGUGUUGGGCGGCCUCCGCUCCACCUGCACUUACGUGGGUGCUGCCAAGCUCAAAGAGCUGAGCAGGAGAACCACCUUCAUCCGAGUCACGCAACAGUCCAGCCAAAUGUUCACUUAGCAUUAAAUGCAGAGUUUAAAUGUGCAACAGUAGGACAGGAAUUGACAGGGAUGAACACACCCACAGCGACACCUCUAUGUGAGCACCCAACCUGUUUCUCUCAGGAUAUCUGCUGUCAGAAAGCAGUUUAUCUCCUGUAGGUUGUGACUUAAAAAGUUUGACUUCAAACAUUUUUCCAACAGAAAUUAUAGCGUUUAAAUCAACUCGAUCCUACAGUAAGUGCGUUUGCAAUCUGACAGACGCGCACACAGAAAAACAACAAGAAUGCUGCUGACACAUUGCAUGUAAACACACUCAGAAGAGGAUGAUCCGUUGGAGAAAAACUGCUGAAAUGUAUGUUUGAAUGAAUAUGCAAAUCAAUAUGCAAAACCAGAGACCACCUGUAACUGUUCCUGGAGCAAUCAUGUUGCAAUAAAGUGCAUGCGGGGACCCCCUGCUACUUAC